AGAGGAUUCACGCCCCCUUAUCGAAGCGAAGUGUCAAUGAACGCUUCAAUUGGCUCAAUGAAAAACCAGAAAUGCCGAUGAGAGCUGUUCCAAGCUCUGCCCGUGACGCAGACGCAAUACCGACUGCACGCCGUCGGCCAGAUUCCCCCAAAGCCCCAAAUAAACACAAAACAACAAAACAACAGCCGAACGACAAUUUCGCUUUCAUCGAUGGACUGGACUUGUUGCUGUUGUUGUUUCAGGUUGUCAAUCUGCUGCCCCUGGCGCUGGCACUGCCGCUGAUGCUGCUGCUGCCGAUGCCGAUGCCGAGCUUGCUACCUGUUCACGUGUUUCCAGCGCUCACGGAGUUUAUAAAGGUUGGAGCCGCAGCGAAGGGCGCCACAGUUUCGCGGACAGACGCGAACCGGCGCGAGCCAACUUAAAAAAAAAUAAACGGAAAUUUGAAAUACUCGCAGGAGUUUUUUUUUUGGUUUCUAUUCCGACAAGUGGAGAUCUGCAGAUAAAACCGAACAAAACAAGUCGAAUAAUAGCAAUAAUUCAAGGAUAAUUCUGUAUUGAUUGGAUAUUUGUUUUCUUCGACUCGGAAACUCCCGCUCGUUAGCGGACGAUCGGCAUGGGGAGAGAUUGGAAAGCGGCCGUCAUCAUAGUUUGGAUCUUUGGAGCACUCGCGGCUGAUGCUGCCGUAAACGAGUCCACACCAAGUCAUUACCGCUAUAGUUAUGGAAAACUCAAUGCCACCCAAGCCCCUUCCCCUCAUUCGACUCUGCCUCCGCCCCGAAGAAGCUCCCAGUUAGAUAGAGAUCACGAGACGCAUCUGAUUCGCAGCUCUAUCAUCUUUGGCCUGGCCAAAGCCGCCAACGAGAGCAAUGUGAAUGGAGUGUGCCACACCCAGCUGCAGCAAGUACAGCGGGGCAUCCUCAGCCAACAGCCGUGGGCCAUGAAAGUGCUCGACGCCUCUGGGACCAAGCCGUCGGGCUUCGUGUUUGGCCAGAAUUACUGGCUAGGAAGCCGGGCAGUCUGCGAAGGGGUUCAGCGUCCGGUGGGUAUCACGCUGUCGAGAAACUACGAGCGGGUGAUGCACUACAGCAUUCUGACCCAGAGCGCCCCCUUCGAAAUGGACUAUCGGAUGAUCUACCUCCGGCACAGCUCGCCGUGGCAGGUGGAGAUCAAGCUGAUGUCGGAACAGAUCCUUCACAUCGGCCUCUGCCUGCCAAAGGCGUGCGAUUCGGAGGAGGUGAAGCAGCUGGCCAGGGAAUACGUGACGGAUGGUAGCUUCAACAAGAACGACAUCUUCGACAUGCGACCAGAAGUACUCUAUAUGAAGGAUCUGAGGCUGAGCAAACGGUUCUUCCAGCGAACGUCCUUCAAGCUGAUGGUGGCCUCGCUUCUGGUCACUGGAGCUCUGACGCUUUGUGCCCAGCAGCUGCGCGUAGCCAAGCGUGGGGAUGAGCCCAGUCCCGGACUGGCGCCAGUAGAGUCAGAGCUGUGGCAGACUCUGGACACAAUGUUGAAGUGGCAGCCCCUGCAGAGUUUCGUAUCGUGCUACGAUGUGCCCACUAACUGGAGGAAGAUCUUUGCCACCAGGGAGAACAGCUCCGGAGAGAUUCCCAUCAUGAAUGGACUGCGUUCGGUGUGCGCCAUCGGAAUACUGAUCUUUCACGUGGUUUGGUACAUGUACUUCACCGUCCACAACAAGGUGGUGCUCCUCUCGUACGCUGAGAAGGCCUUCUUCCAGUACGUCUCCUCGGCCCCCCUCCUGGUGGAUGUUUUUUUCACCAUCAGCGGCUUCCUGCAGACCUACAACUUCAUGCGGAACGCCAAGCAAAUGGAGUCAGUGCGUCGCAAUGGCCUAUGGGGCAAUGCCAAGCUCUUUGGCAAGCUGCUGUUCCACCGAUACCUGAGGCUGGGCCCCCUCUACCUCAUUCUCAUGGGCAGCGUUGACCUGGCCUUUGCCUACAUCGGAGAUGUCUCCCUCUACCACAUCAACGAGCGGUACGAUGAGCUCUGCACGCAGCACUGGUGGAGGAACCUGCUCUUCAUUCAGAACCUCUUCGAUCACCGCGAUCUCUGCGUCAACUGGAGCUGGAGCUUGGCCUGCGACAUGCAGUUUUUCCUAGUGGCGAAUGUCAUUCUCUUUGUCUAUGCCAGACAUCCGAAAGUUGCCAAGCUGUUGACGAUCACUGGACUCCUGGCCACCAUCACCUGGUCCUAUGGAAUUUGCAUCAACUACAAGUUAGAGUUCUCGUUCGACGCCACCUACGCCACCGGUACCCAGAUCUAUACGAGUCCCUUUGUGCGCGUCCUGCCGUACAUUAUUGGGGCCAUCGCAGCCUGGUGUCUGCUGGAGCGGCGCCUGCAGGUGGAGCUGAGUGAGCAGCAGACGCGCUGGCUCUGGCACUUCGCCUUAAGUGUAUUCAUAUCUAGCAUUUACGCGACUGUCCGGCGGGAUGUGGGACGUCUGCUGACCACCACGCUGUUCGUGCUGGGACGAGGGAUCUUCUCCCUGUCGGUGUGCUGGAUGAUUCUGGGCAGUGCGACGGCCACUGGGGUGUGGUGGUCGCGCAUGCUUGAGGCCAAGUGCUUCCAGCACCUGAAUCGACUCUCGUAUGCCAUUUACCUGAUGAAUCCACUAGUGAUAAGCCUCUUCUAUAGUUUGACCAGUUCCAGCACAGACGCGGACCCCUUCAUGCUGUCCGUGGUCUCCUGCGGCUUCACUCUGAUUGUGUACCUGGUUUCCAUCGUUUUCUCCCUGGCGUUUGAGGUGCCCUACAGCAAUCUGUCGAGCUUGUUGCUGAGGUCCAGCAGCAAACCAAAAAGCGCAUAAACUGUGAUUAUCUGUUAUUCUUCUAAGUCAUUAAUUAAUAAGAAAACCUAGUUCAUACGCAAACUGCUUUAUACAAUGUUUUACUGUGGCGGAAGGUCCAAGGGAUGUGCGUUGCAGCCACUGGUUGUCCUGCUGCUGUGUCGCUGAGUCGACAAUUUGGCGACCCGUCCGCUGCAGCAAGGACCAGAGAUCGUUGGCGGAAUUGUUGGUUCACGACUAGUCCCGAAUCAAACGCUGAGCUUCAGCUUCGAGACGCGUAAGUAAAUCAGUAUAUAAUUGUGCCAGACGGAGUCCUAUCCAAUCAUUGCCGAGGCCUAUUCGAAACAGACCGAGUCCUAUCCCAGCUAGACAGAAUCGUAUCACAGCAGGACAGAGGCGCACGGCUCAUCCCUUCCAAGAUCGGAACCUAACGAGCCAUCGUCAUCCUUCGGACUUUGACUAUGGCUACUAGAUUCUAGAUAGAUAUUGUUGCUGUUAGGUUUAAGGAAAUACGCGUCCAUAUACUUAGAUAGUAGAUACAAUUGUUUUCCACUUGUUUAUUUAUUUAUA